UUCAGUUUCUCCUCAAACCCAAAUAAAGCCUCACUCCCUCCUUCUUCUUCUUCUUCUUCCUCCUCCUCCUCCUCCUCCGCUGCUUCACUUACAGUAACACAAUUCUCGUUCUGACUUUCCAUGCUUGUAGUGUCUUGCUCUUCAUAUCUGGAAAGUAAGAACUCAAAACAUCAUUUGCUUAUAAACCCAACAGAAAAUGGAGGAUAACAGUAUGAACUGGGAGCAGAAGACACUGAUUAGUGAGCUAAUUCAGGGGAUGGAGCUAGCAAAACAGUUGAGGGUACACUUGAGAUCGGCAUCUUCGUUAGAGACUAAGGACUUGCUGGUACAGAAAAUAUUAUCCUCAUAUGAGAAGGCACUUCUGAUUUUGAGAUGGGGUGGUGGAUCAAUGGGGCAACCUCAGAGUAUUGCAGCAACAGCAGGUGUGCCCGAGUCUCCGAUAUCUAUCAAUGGAAGUCCUCGGAGUGAGGAUUUCGACAAGGAUAAUCAUGAUUGCGGAGAUGUGUCAAAGAAGAGAAAGACAUUGCCAAAAUGGACCAGCCAAGUUAAAGUUAGUUCUGAAAAUGGCCUGGAAGGACCUCAUGAUGAUGGAUAUAGCUGGAGAAAAUAUGGACAAAAAGACAUCCUAGGAGCCAAAUAUCCAAGAAGCUACUAUAGAUGCACCUACAGAAACACCCAGAACUGUUGGGCUACGAAGCAAGUCCAAAGAUCAGAUGACAAUCCCACCAUAUUUGAAAUUACACACAAAGGAAAGCACACUUGCUUCCAAGGAAACCAGUCAGUUCCGUUACCAGCAUCACCUGAAAAACAAGAACAGAAGAAUCCGAAUCAUGAUAAACAGAUAAGUCAUCAACAACAACAACUGCUAAACUUUCAAAAAGAACUGAGAGUCAAUACUGAGGAAUUCAAUAACACACAAACGCAGCCUCCUUUCUCUUUUCCUUCAACAUUUGGAGGAAUAAGAAGCAUUUCCCCUGCAAUUGAUAACAGCAGUUUAGUGGGAAGUUUUUCCCCAUCAUAUAUAUCGCCAGCUACACCAGAGCCAAACUACUUUUCUCUGCCAGCAUGCCCAAUGAUUAGCUUCGACGGGAAUCAUAAUGCAUAUCGUUCAGAAUAUGAUUCAACUGAGAUAUUAUCAGCCAAUAGUUCAUCCACCAGUUCUCCAGUAUUGGACUUGGUAUUCUCUCUCAAUCCACUGGAAAUUGAUCCAAACUUCCCAUUUGAUACCUCGGGAUUUUUCUCUUGAUUUGGGUUAGCCAUACAAAGAAACAAAUAAGAGAUAGCAGGAUCAAUGCAUUUAGAUUUAUUUUAAGAGUGGAAGUUGUUUGUAAAAUACGCUAGGACUACCCUUGAUCUUGGCAAAGGGGAACUACUUCUGCAAUUUUCUUGUAAUUGUAGUUGUCAGUGUAGAAUUAUGACGGUUGCAUAUUUCGGCGAGA